UCUUCAAAACAACACUUUAAGCCUGUAAUAUAAAAUAGAUAAACAUUUAUAAUGGUAAGGAAAAGUAAAGUCAAGGUCAAGCCCAUUGCAGAACCCAUUCUCAGAUGGCCGUUCAUUCCGGAAAGUGAAAUCAUAGACCGGGAGGUCAAGUACCUUGCCCGCCUCAAUGAUUUCACCGCUAGUGCAGAAUUAGUAAAGCAUGCCAAAAGGGACUUUUACGAGCAGGAAGUUCAGCGAAUGUUUAGGGAGCACUGGGAACACCAUCUGCGCUGCGAUGGACUGCCACGUCCCUAUCUUCCCGUCGAAAUUCGAACCUUUAUAUCCAAAAUGCGUUUCUACGACGACAUCGAAACUAAGCACUCGAUAGACUGGACUUUGGCGGUGGACGAACGCUCUAUUCUAAACCAGAAUAUAUUUCGGGUGGAUAAAACUCGCAGUACGUUGAAGCUAAGAAUAGAUAACCCCGGGGCUCACUACGAUACAAAUGUCCAAAUGUGCCUGGAUGCGUUGAAGCAAAUGGAUGUUAUGCUGGACAACGAGGCAGAACUGGUGCGAAUGUCUGAAAAACGGAAGAGGGAUAUUAUGGAAGUUUAUUCCGAAGUCGAGAAGGAAAUCAAUGAUCUCUUUGAUCGCCUUACCUAUCGAAUAUUGCAUAUGCAAAAUAGUUAUAUGGAGUCGGAGGAUGGCAAGUUUGCUAUGUGGAGUUACAAAUGCGAGCCUUGGAGAUUGGAUAUGUGGGGCUUACUGAACAUUCCCAUUAUCUUCGAUCAACUGGAAUUGCCAGUUAUGCUGGCCGAACUGAAAGCUUCUGGCGUAGAAGUCCAGAUACCAAGAAGUGUUCUAGAAGAUUGCAUCACAAUUCGCAGCGUACACACUGAUUUCGAUUGCAUUUCGCAGAACGCCAAAAGCUUUGAGCCAGCGGUUACCACAUCGGUCAAUUAUCCCACCGCCGGGAUAUUGAAUAUCGAAGAAUCGGUGGUUAAUGAGUGGCUCACCCAGCAGGAUAUCCUGGAAGAGACUAUAAACCUGAUGAAUUCUAGGCGGCAGGAGUACGAGGAUAUGAUGCAGUUAAUUGCCGAGAAAACGGAGGCGGCUGCUAAGGCAGCCAAGCAAACGGAUCCCGAUAAAACUGUUAAAAUCGUGAUACCAAAGGCCCCCAAGGAGCCUCCAGCUAUUCCGCCAGGCAUGUUUCCGGACAUCUACGAGGAUUUCCUCAGAGUGGAGGAUAGUCAGUACUUGGGUUACCUCGACGAGGUUUAUCAUCCAAGGCAUUUAGAUAUGCAGCCAAACGAGAUAAAUCUCAGGCAGUGCAUCAUGCUCGGUGGCAUUUACGCAAUAAUGUUCAUUCGGCGACCCGAGCAAACUCACUUCGAGAAGUUCAACAUUGUGUUGCACGAGGAUGGCCGAGUGCUGCAUAGCAUGCCUGAAAAGGUGGCAGAGACGGAGAAGGAGGCCAUACGGAACUCUAAUAUUUCCAAAAUGACCAGGGAGUCGUACAGGGAAACCAAGAUCAAGCUGGAGAACGACGAACUGCCGUACUUCAUUGUUACCCUGCAACUGCCCAAGGACCUCUGCAAGUGGAGUGAACCGGUGGUUUGUCAAUUCAUGACGGAGGAGGACCAAGUUCCAGUCGAACACAAACGCGAUUCCGUUUGGCUGCCGACCAUUCAGAGUGCAAUAAGGUACGCUGAUUAUAACGAACGAGGAGACAGCAUUUCCCGAAAUAGUCGAUUUUCAAUGGACUCGGGUAAUAUAUUUCGACCUACUAUGCGCUCGUUGAUCAGGCAAAGUAAACUGGAUAUACCUCCGGUGGUGGAAGUUCCUUUGGAGGAUUUUAAGCUGGAUAAAAAACUAAACCAUCUUGAGGCCAGAACCCUGGAGGAGCAUUGCCUACCCAGGAUCAUCUCGUCGUUCAAAUUUCCCUCGGAAUUUUGUGAUGAGAAGCGAGAGGUGGCCAAGCCGGGCACAAAGAUGUUGGUCAAAAAAGAAGUCGAAGAUGCCCCCACUAAUGUCAAGGUUUUAAAUUACGAUUUUAACGCCCAGCUGGAUAACCCCGAACGGAUGUUUCCCCACUUUCCGAAUGUUGAUGCCGUGCACUAUCCGUCGGAUGAUGAGGAACCAACUCCUCUCAUUAACUCAACUGCACUUCAAGUGUUGAAAACCUUUGACGAUAUCAAAGCCAAAUAUAAAGAAAAGCCCAUGGAACUCUUGAGUCAGCAAGAGGAGAAACCGAAGACAAAAAAGAAAGAGGAAAGUGAGGAGGCACAUUCGGCAAGGCAGUCGCGAAAGAGCAAGGAGAAACUACGGCCCAGCGCCAAAUCAAAUAAAUCCGAUCAAUCUGGUUCAGCAAAUAGCGAAACUUGUACGCAGGAAGUGAUCCACUGGACCACACGAUACGUAAAAGACGCUGAGCUGGAUAAGGAUACCGGUAGAAUCACCUUCAAGACGGAUCGUCUGGGUUACUUGGGAUUGGCCUUCAAGAGGUACGAGCACUUUCCCUUUCGCGACUGGUCAAUGCAGCCAAAUGAGGAAAAUCCAGAUGAGAUCAUAUUAACUGUGGACACCUUCCAUGUGCGCAUAUUUUUCUACAUCACUUCGAAAGGGGUAAGGGGUUAUGUAACCGAUUUGGGCAAAGGAUACACCGCCAAGCCAGUUAAGUAUCUGGAGAUCUUGGAGCCCAUAUCCGAUUUUCGACAAAUGCGGAAGAUGUUCGUCAGCAAGAACAUAAAUAUAUUUGCCGAAAACGAUGCUAGUUUUUAUAUAGAAAACGGAUACUUUUCCAUGAAACACGUGGCAGUUGAACAGCAUACGUACAACAUCAUGGCUCUCCAUUGCAAGCUGAUGAAGUUCUAUCGGUCCAGCUGGAAUCGCUUAGCUUCUCGUCGUGACAUCAUUCUGGGCAUGAAGUUCGCUAACGAUAAGUCUGAUUAUUCCGAGACUACAGUGCGAAUUACACCCGAGAAGACGACCUUCGUCCAGAUUUCAGAGAAUUGUUCGGACAAAGUAAAUGUGAUAGUGCUCACCUAUACUGAAACUUGGAGGAACAUUGCCCAAUUCACUGAUCUGCAUCAGGCCAUAAGUUCGAUGGUUCCCAAUGCUACUGAAAUGCGCAAUAAGGAUUCCAUCCUUCUAUAUUACGUAACGCGAAUGCUAACGGAGAUCAGGCUUUUGAGCUUUUCGUAGGAAUUCCUUAUAUUUUUACACUUAUACCCUAUCUCCUACUCUUAAAUACAAUAUAUUAUAAAAAGUCUUUAAUGAA